AUCCAACUCCAUCUCAUCACCAAAUCGACAUGGGAGCUUUACUGUCUAUUCCAUUGCUCACAGGAGGUCUGGGGACCAUAGGUGGUUCUCUCUUAUCGGGAUGUAUGGUCUGUAUGGGUGGAACGGCAGCUUCAGCUUUCUUCAAAUCAUGUAAUUGUAACUCUUCCAUCGCUACAAGAGUGGGCUUUGGUCUCAUUUUCGCCUUAUCUUCAAUGUUGGCAUACCUCUCCAGAACUGAUAUAGCCAUACGUGCCAUCAAAAAGCUGAGUUGGGACUGGAUCAAAAUGGAUUGUUCGGGUGGGAAAUGUUAUGGUCUUUUAGCCGUACACAGGUUCUGCUUUGCUCUUGCUUUAUUCCAUCUCAUCCUCUCUGCGUUAUUAGUCGGUGUAAGAUCUACAAAAACCAAACGUGCGGCUAUACAGAAUGGCUGGUGGGGUCCCAAACUCUUGGGCUACUUCCUUCUUUGCUUCCUAUGUUUCCUCAUUCCCAACGAAUUCUUCAUGGCCUACGGUUCUUAUGUCGCACCCCUAGGAGCAUUCCUCUUCAUCCUUAUCGGUCUCGUCCUCCUAGUCGACUUUGCUCACACAUGGUCCGAAACAUGUUUAGACAAUUGGGAACGAUCAAGUUCGUCUUUAUGGACAUUCAUACUUAUCGGAUCUACCAUCGGAAUGUUUUCAGCCGCUAUAACCCUUACAACCUUACUUUACGUCUUUUUCGCAGGUUCAGGAUGUGGAAUGAACACCUUUUUCGUCACGUCAAAUCUUAUCCUCUCAGCUAUCAGUACCGUCAUUGCUAUUUCUCCUCAGGUUCAAGAUGCGAAUCCCAAAUCAGGUCUCACUCAAGCAAGUAUGGUAUCUGCUUAUUGCACAUAUCUUACCGCUUCGGCUGUGGCGAAUCAUUCAGAUGAUGGACAUUGUAAUCCUCUUCACGCCAGUGGAGGAACGAAAACAACCACUGUGAUAAUCGGAGCAUUGUUUACUUUCCUAGCUAUCGCUUACUCCACUUCUAGGGCUGCAACGCAAAGUAUGGCUUUGGUGGGUAAAGGUCAUAGAGCUGGAGCGGGGAAUGGAAAUGGACCUAUAUCAUUAGGUGAUGAUACGGAUGAUGAUCCAGAGGUAAGGUUGGUCAGUAGUCAACCUAGAGGAAGAAGGGAUGAAAUGAGAUACCAAGCUAUCUUAGCUGCUGUCAAUGCGGGUAGUUUACCAGCUUCAGUUUUGGAUCAACCGGAUGAUGAGGAUGAUGAAAUUGAUGCGACUUUGGGUGAGGAGAGGGAUGAUGAGAGAGGUGGGACAAAGUACAAUUAUUCAUGGUUUCACAUAAUCUUCGUCAUGGCCGCCAUGUACGUUGCAGGUUUGUUGACUGAUUGGGCCAUCAUAUCAACUUCACCUGUCGCUCACCCAACCGAGCCCCUACCGAUAUCUUAUGAACUGAAUGUCAUGGCCGAACCCGACGUUUACAUCGGUCGAUCCGAGGCAACCAUGUGGAUGCGUGUCAUCAGUAGCUGGCUUUGUUACGCUCUCUACAUAUGGAGUUUGAUCGGUCCAGUAGUCAUGCCUGACCGAUUUGGAGAUCUUUGAGUCUGCUUAUCAGAAAAUUUGUCCUGCAUAUGCAGUCAUCCUGUUGU